AUGGCUACUGUUUACAUUGGGGGAGGUAGAACGGGAUUGGUGGCACAAAACAUCACCGCGGCUGCCUUAUACUUUGGCCUCACAGCUUCGAAUGCGUCCAACGAUGACCGACGUGCGUGCGAUGAAUGGAUCCGCAAUUCAGUCCUUGUUGAUGUUGACGGUGUUCUGGAAGCUAUCAAAGCUUCUAAACAACGAGUUUCCGGGACAUGCCAAUGGUACAAACAGAGAAAAGAAUAUAAGGAAUGGCUAGUCGGAGACAAACGAAAUCGUCUUUGGAUGUCUGCAGAUCCAGGGGCUGGGAAAACAACCACAUUAACAGCAAUGAUCGACGAGCUGCAACAAAGUUCGGGCAAUGGCGCUUCCCCCGACGUUCUAUUCUUCUUCUUUGAUGAUAAAGUUGAGAACCAAUCAUCCGCUACGGCUGCUGUCCUGUCCUUAAUUGGACAGCUGUUGAAGAAGCAGCCUGAGUUAUUUCAACAUGUCCAGUAUACGGCGAGACCCGACCUCGACACUUUAUCAAACCUUUGGGGGUACCUGAGGAAGAUGACGGACGCUUUGAACCAACAGCCCUACAUCUUGCUCGAUGCUCUAGAUGAAUGUUCACCUUCUCAGGUUAACGAUCUCCUCAAAUACCUCAAUGAUAUCGUCAAGGUCAUCGAUGCCCGUAUGGAGGAACUGGUCAAUUAUCCCUUGGACCUUCGUGAACAAAUCAAGACAAGGCUAUACUAUGCGACUGGACGCACCUUCUUGUGGGUAUCACUCCUCAUUGAGUACCUAAAAACAGAACCACCUGAUCAGUUUUACAGCCGCACAGGGUUCAACUAUGUAACUGAGGAGCGCCUUCGCAAGAUGAUGCCCGCUAAGCUAAGCGAGGCUCCACCUCAGCGCUUUCCUCUCAACAUCUUCUUCGCCUUCAUCAGGACAAUUCCUAUGUUUCUUGGUUUCCUCAUGAGGGCAUUUUCCCGAACCGAGACCAAUUUGAAUCUAGCCAAUCGACUCAUGUUUCAAAUCUGCUGCAGAUAUCUUGGGAUGACGAAGCUACACAGCGAUCAGACGACUUCAAAUAUUCGAGUCAGCACAGAUUCGGCUAUUGUGAGAUACAGGGAUCAGUGCUUCAAUGAAUAUGCCUUCACAGAGUGGCAGCACCAUUUCCUGUGGUUGGACCAGACUUCAAUCUAUCUUUUGUUUCCGUCACUGGUUCAGAUCCCAUCCAGUCACAAGACACUACUACACGCUGCUGCUGCUUCUGAUGGGAAGGCCGACGUGUUACGCUUACUUAUCAAGGCUGGUACGGAUGUCACUGAGCCAGAUGAAACCGGAAGCACGGCAUUAGACAAAGCAAUUAUUUCACUUGAAAUGGAGUCUGCAUUGACUCUUAUGGAAGCAGGUUGCUCCAUUCCCAGCCAGUCCCCGCCCACAGAGUCAUUGCUUCAAUGGACGUCAUCUCACCAAGCCUUGGCACGUUUGUUCCUUUAUCAUUAUGUCAUUUUCGAAGAAGACGGACUGUUGACGACAUCAUUCCAAUUUACGCAAAAACGAGAACCAGGCCAAUACUGGAUAGAAGUUAUAUCUGCAAUCCUUGGUUUCGAAUCCACAGCAACGAUGAAGGAUUUCAACGGGUUGACAGCACUACAUUGGGCAACAAUGCUAUCAAGUUCAGAGUGGGUUUCAGUCACUUUUUCGGACAAGGGAAACAAAUUCCAAAUGGUUAGGAACGUCAGGUCAGAGGAUAUUGCUCAUAUCGCCAUAAACAGUAAUAUCAGAGCAGAUGUAAAAGAUAGCUUUGGUUUGACGGCUUUUCAUUGGGCAGCAAUCCUUUCUUCUGGGGAGACAAUUCAAGUGGCUUACAAAGAAAACAACGAUGCAAUGGAUAAGAAUCUCAAAGUGGAAUAUAAAAACGGAGUCGAGGCCGUGGCCAAGCUGCUGGCCACGAAAGGGGCUGAGCUGGUGGUUCAGGACAGUUUCGGCUUCACUGCACUACACUGGCUGGCGCUCUUGUGCUCUACUGCAAAUUUCGCCAUCAGGCUCGAAAAGACUACAGGGGAGAGCUGCGCUUUCGCUUCACAAGGAGGCCACAGGGCUGCAGCGAGGAUCAUUUCAAAGAUGGCACCGGAAUUAUGCGGUACACGGGACUGUUUGGGGAAAACAGCGUGUGAUUGGGUAUCAUACCUGACCUCCAUCAAGGACGAAUUUGAACAAGAAUGGUAUGAGGGUGGGAUUAAAGUGAGAAUAGGUCUUCAAAAGGCGGACUGGGUGUCUGAGUCUUUAAUUUAG